GCGGCUUGACUCCACGGGGCGGGACGGGACGGGGCGGGGCGGUCGCCGCUGCUUCCUUAAAGCCUGGCCGCGGGCGUGGCACGCACACCACUGGCGACCGCUCGGGCCCCGCAAGAGACUACCCUCCCGGCCUGGGUCUCUGCUCGGUGUCCGGCGGGGCACAGAUCUCUCACAGGCGGGCCCUGCAGCGCUGCCACUUUCCCGCCGAGCAUGGGGCUGCCUCGGAGGGCAAGGGACCCGGCAGAGCUGCGCAAGAGACUGAAGCCGCUGCUGGAGAAGCGCCGCCGCGCGCGCAUCAACGCGAGCCUGAGCCAGCUCAAGGGGCUCAUCCUGCCUCUUCUGGGCAGGGAGAGCUCUUGCUACUCAAAGCUGGAGAAGGCGGACAUCCUGGAAAUGACCGUGCGCUUCCUGCAGGAGCUGCCUGCGUCCUCCUGCCCGAUGGCAGCGUCAACGCCCUGCGAUAGCUACCGAGAGGGCUACCGAGCCUGCCUGGCGCGCCUGGCACGCGUGCUACUCGCCUGCCGCGUCCUGGAGCCCGCCGUGAGCACUCGCCUGCUGGAGCACCUGCGCCAGAGGGCGGCAGGAGCCACCCCCAACGGCGUUUCCGCGGGGGACUCCUGCGGCCCAACCAGUGUGGAGGAGGGUGUGGAGAGCAGGGAGGGCAGUUCCUGGGAGUGCAAGCCUGCUCUCCUGAGCUGCGAAGAGCGGGUGAAGGAUGCGCAGAUAGAGGGCCCCGAGUACGCGGGAGAUCGCGAGCUGGCUCAUUUCCGAAUGGAGCGGGAGGGCAGCCUCAAGGUUACCCUCCCUUCCCUCAGACAGAACGGAAGCGGGCACGGAGGUAUUUGA